GCGUGUAUCUGCGCAUGCGUCCCGCCGCAGCCUGCCAGCCCGGCGUGAAUCGAUGAGGAAGCGCAGCUCAAACGGCCUUUCGCGCUGACAGAGGGCGAGGAAACUACCGUCCACCUGCCGUUUUCUCUCAUCUGCCGGCACGGAAAACCUUGCCGGACUGUGAUCGUGUGAUCUUGGCAGUGUUUUUAUAAAAAAGCCUCCAUGGAGCCUCGCGGGGGAAGAGCGCAGUCGUUGAAGAAGACGAACCUCAGAGUUUAAUCUCAACCAGUGAGGCGAACAUACGAGCUCUUACACUAUGGAGCUGAGCAGAUUGGUCACCUUGUGGAUCAUUUGGAUAUGCUGCUUGAGGAAAUGCCGGACGGACAAACUCAAUCAAAUAACCGCGGACCCUCUACCGUCAGACAGCGACGUGUCCGAGCUUUGCCGUAUUGAUGAACCCCUGUGCCAGGAUGAGAACGCAAUCCUCAGCUUCGAGGCCAUCCGCAGCAUUCACAAGCAAAUGGAUGACGACGCCAACGGAAACGUGGAUGUUUUGGAGACUGACGGGUUUUUAAGAGAGGACCUCAACUAUCAUGACCCCAAAGCCAAACACAACAGUUUUCAUGGGGACGAUCAGUUCAUCAGUGUGGAGGACCUGUGGAACACCUGGAAAAGUUCAAAAGUGUAUAACUGGACUGUGAAUGAAGUCGUGGACUGGCUCAUCGGGUACGUUAAGUUGUCGCAAUACGCGGAAACCUUCUGCAAGAUGAAUUUUAAUGGUACCUCCAUGCCACGAUUGGCCGUGAAGAAUGUGACGCUAACGCAGACGGUCCUGAAGAUUCUGGACCGGAGUCACGUUCAGAAACUGCAGCUCAAGGCGCUCGACACGGUUCUGUUUGGAGCUCCUCCGAUGAACGGACACAACCAUCUAAAAGACUUCAUGCUGGUGGUCUCGAUCGUCAUUGGAAUGGGAGGUUGCUGGUUUGCAUAUAUCCAGAAUCGCCACUCUAAAGACCACAUGAAGAAGAUGAUGAAAGACCUGGAGAGCCUUCAAAGGGCGGAGCAAAGCCUUCAUGACCUCCAGCAGAAGCUGCAGAUCGCUCAGGAGGAGCAUCGCUCAGUGGAGGUGGAGAAGGUGAACCUUGAGCAGAAGCUCAGGGAUGAGAUCAAUGCUGCCAAACAGGAGGCCCAGAGACUGAAGGAGCUGCGCGAGGGAACAGGAAACGAGCUGAGUCGACAGAAAUAUGCUGAGGAGGAACUUGAGCAGGUGCGUAUGGCUCUGAAGAAAGCAGAGAAGGAGCUGGAGUCUCGCAGCUGCUGGUCUCCUCCCGAAGCCCUGCAGAAAUGGCUGCAGCUCACUCAUGAGGUGGAGGUGCAGUACUACAACAUCAAGAAACAAAACGCUGAGAGACAGCUGCAGAUCGCCAAAGAGGGGGCAGAGAAGAUCAAGAAGAAAAGAAGCACUUUGUUCGGGACGUUUCAAGUGGCACACAGCUCCUCACUGGAUGAUGUCGAUCACAAAAUACUUGCAGCUAAGCAGGCGUUGGGUGAGGUCACUGCGGCACUCCGAGAGAGACUCCAUCGCUGGCAGCAAAUCGAGAUUUUGACUGGCUUCACGGUGGUUAAUAACCCAGGUCUACCCUCUCUGGCCUCAGCCCUCAACCUGGACCCCAGCUUCAUGGGCGGCCGCUGCACACCCCAGCACUUCAUUUCCGACGACAUGGAUGAUAUGGAUGAGGAUAUAGUGGCGCCAGCAACCCUACAAUAUGCACCCUGGCUAAUGGGCCGUCGAGCGAGUGAUCUGUCGUCUUUGAAUUUGGGCUGCCAUUCGAUUUGGAAGUACUCUGCUCCCAGUAUGAUGUCACUUCGUCAACGGCACAUUGACCCGCAGCUUGCCCUGGGCUCUCAGAGGUUGGUAGACAGUUUCGGGCAAAAAGGGGAGGGUAGCUUGUACUCAUCCAGAUCUAUGGAGGUGCUGCGGCCGACGCGCAGCCAAUCGUUCGGGCACUACGACCCUCUGGGACUGCCCCCUCUUUCCUCAGCCGUGUCUCAUCCCGCCAUCUUCUCCGCCUCCUCAUCGCACCCUUCCCACUCCUCCUCUUUCCACAUUGCCACCCCUCAUUCAUCCCACUAUCACUCCACACAUUUCCAGCCCAUGGAUACCAUCCCAGACCUCCCAGACGAGACCAUCCCUCAACGCCCCCACCUCUCCGGCAGUUAUGGGGACCUGAACCGCUCCGACUCCGAUUCCUCCCUAUGUAUAUCCCAGACCGGCGAGCAACUACGGCUAUCCUACAGUUCCAAAGCCUUCCCUGUAAAGCCCACUUCCCUUCUGCACGGCCCCUUCCCAAGGGAGGAAGGCGCGACAUCCCACUCGCAUACUUCCAACGGAGGCAACCGUGUCCAAGAAGAAGGCGCCUCUCCCGACGGACCACCCGAUAGUCCCAUAUUAAUGAAGAAGUUGUCCAACAUCGAGAAAUCCGCCAGCAUGAGCGAGAUCCAUGGCUCGCAGGUGGCGAUGUCCAUGUCUGAGUCCUCGCGCUCCCUGAGCCCGAACUCCACGGAGCCUGACACGCCGUCACCCACUGGACAGACCGGUGGGAAGGUGGGAAGUCGCAACCCCCAAAUAUCCUCAAAAAAGAGCCCCCUAGAAGAGGACAGCGGCUCUACAGGUGAAGAGACUGAUUCAGCUGCCAGUCGCAAGAAACAUACCUUCAAGAUCUUCAAGAAGCAGAAGAAAUAAACUGGACAACUGUUUUGUUUUCCCACAUUUCUUUGGGUUGUAUUGUUACUAUGAUUGUUUUGAUUUUCCCCCCUCUCGUCAGAAGUUACGGCACAACUACAAUUCUUACUAUGUUUCUGUGGAAAUGUUUUUCAGACGACCUUAAGAAACAAUAGCAUGAUUUAUUUGGGUGGGUAGGUGGGUUGAUAGAACACCCUUGGGAACAUCAACUUUUUCUGAAAGGGAUUGUAUUGCGUUAUUUAUUCAUCAGGAGACGGUGCCAGACUUUCCAAGGAUUCUUCCCUCUGAUGGACUUUUCUUUCCUUGUGUAAUCCGUAUCAGUUUGCAUGUCUUCGCCUUUGUUUGAUUGAACUUUGAAUGCUCCUAGAUGUUUGCUUGGUUCUUGUUCCCCUUUGCUUAAACACAAUAACCUGGUUCUUUUGUUUCUAUCAGCACACUCUCUCCUUGGUUUUCUUUUUAGCAUUAAAACAAAUCGUCGUUUUGUGGUACUCCUCGGUCAGUGUUCGUCAUUGGUGAGAACUGUUAAAGGGCUGAACUGUGGGUUCGAAACUCCCCUUAAAUCUGUUGCACUAUUUCUGAAUGUUGAUUUGCAAAAAGAAAAAUUGAGAACAUGCUGGAACACACGCUAAAACGUUUACACCAAUCAAGGCAAUGAACGUAUGUCUGAGGCUUCAGGGAUUCCUGGGAUGUGACUGAAAGCAAGCAAUUAGAAAAAUUGUCGAUCAUUCCAAAUCAUUCAGAAAAUAUAAGGUGGUUUGUGAAUAUGCACAUGAAUGUUUCAAUGUGUUGUUUUUUCGCUAUAAACUUUCUUGUAUGUCAGAAGAAGACUUGCUACAACUGGAAGUGCCAAAGCCCCUGUCUAGAAAUGUAAUACUUCAAGUUUAUAUUUCAGCAUUGCAACAUCACUCAUCUGUUCUGAGGCUUGGACCAGGCUUUCGUAAAGGUGCAAUUUGUCUAAAUUUCAGUAAAAUAAUUCUAGUCUGACAUCAGAGCUUGUAUUUAUUUUGUUAAUGAAGCUUUGAACUAAGUCAUAUAAACCAGUCCAUUCAACUCGCAAUAAGUUUAAUCUUCGAUUUCGGUGCUCCUUUAUUAAAUACGAAAGCAGGCCAGGUCAAAAAUUGUCAAUUAAUUUGACAUAUUUAGAACUUGAUCUUUAAAGAGCACUAAAAAUUAUAAGCACACUUUCCAAGUAAAGCCAAUAAAACAACAAAUCUUGGUGAGGGAUGUCACUAUGCAUUUUAUUUGUUUUUUUACCCACAGGUUUUGAAGUCAAAUGCAUCCACGAACCCGGAGACAACCAAGCAGCAAUGCACGAAAUUCACAGACAGCAGACGACCCGGGCCCGGAUCUGCACCGGAGCUGCUGAUUUUGGGGCGGAUCCGGUACGGUUUUGGCCCGGAGUCAUCUUCUGUCUGUUUCCUGUGUCAUUUUGUAAUAAUUGGUCCACCAAUGUAUAUCGACCAAACGGUUAAACUGUAAACAGAUGUGUUUGUCUCAUUUGUGCGUCCUUUGCACGAAGCAGCUGUUUAAUCGGUGAGUGUCGGUGCGUGCGCAUCAGUCUGGUCCAUUGUGUUGAUGCAUGUUCUCAACAGCAGUUCUCAAAAACAGACGGGGGACGUUUUGAUUUAGAUAGUCCCCGCUCAAUUCUCUGUUUGAGCUGUUUAUGCCUUUACUGUACAGAGAGAGGUGAGAAGAGAAAAAAUGAUUUUGCAUCUGUAAUGUUCAUAACUGUAGUCUUCAAAUUUUAUGGCACUCCUGCAUGAAAGCAAUAAAAUGUUUUAAAACAAGA